AUGGUUGUUAGAGGUAACAAGAAUGUGGAACAAGAGAUUGUCAGGGAAAUUAGAGUGAAAGAUGGUCUAAACGACAUGGUUUACACGCACGCUUGUAUAUAUGGGAGCAUGAGACUCUAUCCGCCCGUCCCAGUGGUCACAAAAGUAGCAGUGGAAGAUGAUGUUUGGCCUGAUAGGACAAAGGUAAAAAAGGGGAUGAGCAUAAUCCUCCACAUAUUCGCUAUGGGAAGGUCACCAGAAUUGUGGGGCUCAGAUUGGGCUGAUUUUCGUCCCGAAAGAUGGUUGGAGAGAAGAAGUAGUGGCACAUCCAGUAGUGAUGAUUGUAAUUUCAUCGCGAGAGACCCUUUCACAUAUCCAGUGUUUCAAGCAGGGCCCAGGAUUUGUUUAGGAAAAGAAAUUGCAGUCGUGUUGAUCAAAAUGGUGGCUGCCACCAUCCUAAAGCGCUUCCGAGUCAUUCCGGCUCAGGACAAUUUCUCUCCACAUUAUCAUGUACUGAUGACAUCAAGGAUGAAACGUGGCUUUCCAGUAAGAAUCAUAGAGCGUCAUUGA